UUUGUAGGGACUUGGAGACCACGAAGUAUUGAAAGCUAACAUCAGAUUUUAAAAAAUAACAAUUUUAACAUCUGACGUGUCGCCUCUGCCGAGUAUGACUGUUAGAGCUAUUUGGUUUGCCUGUGUAUUUCUCGUAUGGUUAAAUCUGCCAGUAUUGUGCUUUCAACUCCAGCAUUAAUAAUAUGCUUUUUUAAAAAAAUUCAGUUGGCCAGAGAUUUACUUCACCCUUCUUUGGAAGAGGAAAAGAAAAAACAUAAAAAGAAACGUCUAGUUCAGAGUCCAAAUUCGUACUUUAUGGAUGUAAAAUGUCCAGGUUGCUACAAGAUUACAACAGUUUUCAGCCAUGCUCAGACGGUGGUUCUUUGUGUAGGGUGUUCAACAGUUUUGUGUCAGCCUACAGGAGGAAAGGCCAGACUCACAGAAGGUUGUUCAUUUAGAAGAAAGCAACACUAAUGAUCAGUACAACUUCCUGAAUUUUUUUCACAGAAAGCCUUAUCAUAAGUUCAGUAAUUAUAGUUAGUCUACUAAGACAAUGUAAUUAUGUUUGAUUUUGUAAGGUGCACAGCAGUGAUCUCCUAUUUUGAUGUCAGUUUUUCAAUAAAGUUUUGAUUAUGGACAGAUCUUU